CCCCACCCUACCCCUACUCUACCUACCCGACCCCACCCUGUUGCAACCCUACCCCCGACCCCACUGCACCUACCCUGCCCCUAGCGCCUCUAUCACAUCGACCCGACCCCACCACCCUAGGUAUAGGGUGGGGUAAGGGAUGGGGUCGGGGUAUAGGGUGGGGUGGGGUAGGUGGAGUAAGGGUACAGGUAGUGGUGGGUUGGGUAGGUAGGGUAGGGGUGGGGUUGGGUAGGUAGGGUAGUGGUAGGGUGGGGGUUAAGGCUGGGUAAGGGUAGAGUCAGGGUAGGGUAGGGGUAUGGUGGGGUCGGGUAGGUGGGUAAAGGGUGGGGUAGGUAGGGUAGGGGUAGGUGUGUGGUCGGGUAGGUAGGGUAGGGGUGGGGUCGGGUAGGUAAGGCAGUGGUAUGGUGUCGGGUAGGGGUAGGAUGUGGUAGGGUUGGGUUGGGUCAGGGUAGGGUAGGGGUGGGGUGGGGUAGGGUAAGGGUAGGGUAGGGUAGGGUAGGGGUAAGGUGGGGUCGGGUAGGUGGGGUACGUGUAGGGUGGGGUCGGAUAGGUAGGGGUGGGGUAGGUGGUAGGGUGGGAUCUGGGUGUGGGUAGGGGUGGGGUCGGGUAGGGGUAGGGUAGUUGGGGUAAGGGUAGGGUGGGGUUGGGGUUGGGGUCGAGGUGGGGCCGGGUAGGUAGGUGGGGCAUGGGUAACAAUAGGGUAAGGGCAAGGGGUAAAUUCGGAAACUGAAAAAGCUUAAAGUGUCGCUUUGCCGCUUAAUUAAUACAUGGGGGGUGGUAUGCUUAAUAAGCGGCACUUUAAGCACCUCUUUCGGUUAGUAAGCGGCUUUUUAAGCAGCGUGCGUGUUUACUUCACCUGUCUUACUAACCUAACUGUGACUUUAGCAGUGAAGUAAACACCUCCAUAGUGUUAAACCGGAGGAACUGUGUGUUGUGAAUUUCUGAUGCAUAAGAAAAGAAGAAAUCACGUGAAGCAAAAUCAAACAAUAUAUUAGAUAAAUGUAAAACUUUAAAUAAUAGAUUGAGUUAUAAAUGUUUCUUUUUGUUGCAUCUUGUUGUAUCUUGUUGCAUCAUAAAUGUUGCUUUUUGUUUCACUAUGUUGCUUUUUGUUGCAUUAUGUUGCUUUUUGUUGCACCAUGUUGCUUUUAGUUAUUUAUAGGUGAUUUUGAUUUUUCGUUGUUUAUUUAGAUCUAAGUUUAUCUUUGUUAUUACUUUUUUAAAGUAAAAAAUCAUAUGCAUAUUUAUAUUCAAUCACCUAAAAUGAUAAAUUUGUGUUUAUGAAUAUAAAUCAACCACAAGAAACAAAAACAAACAAUAAAAACAAAUAAUUUCAGAGUUAUUGAUAAAAGGAAACAAAAAGCGACAAAAAACACAAUUAUAUACUCUGUAUUAAGUAUUCUUUUUGUAACAAUUUAACAAAAUGAAUUACAAGUUUCAUUUUUUCAACUUUUUCAAUUGUUCAAAUGAAGUUCUUUUUCAUAUUCUAUAUUUUUUAGUUUUAUAUUUUUCAUGCCUUUUGGUUUAAUUAAUUUUUCUUCUUUUUAAUUUUGUCGAAGAAUUUUAAUUUCUACUCCUAUUUUACUUUAUAGCAUUUAAUUUAGUUUUAAAUUUUUUCAAAGUUAUACAUCAUUUAUUGGAUUUAGACCUUUUUUACUUUUUAUUUAUUUCCAUUUCUAAACGAAUAACUAUUUCAUAAAAGUUUCUGAUUGCCUUUCAUAAUUCUUAAUAUUUUUCAAAAACAUUUUUAUAAUUUGUUAUUAUUUUUUAAUAUUAUUAUAUUUUAUAAUAUUUGUUUAUUUUUACUUUUUUGAGAAGUGUUUUUAGUUUUCCUUUUUUAUUUAUAUUUUUUUAUUGAUAUUUGAUUUUUUGUUUUAUACUUAAUUUUUAUACAAAAUAAGGGGCAUAUGAAGUCUUCUAAAAAAUUAACACUUAUAAAUGUUACAAUUAUAUAUAUAUAUAUAUAUAUAUAUAUAUAUAUAUAUAUAUAAUUGUUUUAUACAUACUUUUUGUACAAAAUAAUGGGGCAUAUGAAGUUUUUUAAAAGAUUAACAUUGUGAAAGAAUGUUAUUUUUCUUCAAUUUUUCCUCUUUACUAUUUUAUACCUUUUUCAUUUUUAGUUUUGAGUUUUGAAUUUCAAAAUUUUCUAUACAUUUCUUAAUAUUUUUUUGAUUUAUGUUGCUAAUUUAAAUUAUGUUUUUUUUUUUAAUUUAACUUGCUUGUGUUCAACUUUGAAUUUUUACUAUGCAUUAUUUUAUUUUAGUAUUGAUUAAUUUAUUAUUUUUAAAAUAUUAUCUUAUUUUUUAACACUUAUAAUAUUUUCUAGUUAUUUUCAUCUUUUUUACACUACUAAAUAUUUAGUGUUUUGUAUUUAAAAAUAUGAAUUGGAUAAUUCUUGGAGUUUGUAAAAGUUGGAGUUUGUAGAAAUUUAGCAACGAUGGUGUAUAGAGUGGGGGUGGGAGCUUCCCACGUUCGCUCCCCUGGAGCAUGUAUUCCGGUGGUGCGGUUCAACGUAUGGUCUACUUUUGAAAAGAAGAGAUUAGUUAGUUUAUUUUUGAAAUAAAACUUUAAACAAUUAAACUGGGAGUACCAUACGAUAAUCGUCUCUCUAGGGUUGGGCUCCUUAGCCGCCUAGUGUAGCUUUUCCCUUCCCAAUUCGUUUCGGAUCAGCUUUGGCAGAAAAGUUGGUACGGAAACGGAGGUGGUGCAAACUGUUUUCCUGGGUGCUUUCAACAAGUGCAGGGGCAACAAUCUUGCUCUUUUUCUUGUUCGAGUUGCUCUUUGUUGUGUGCGAGGAAGGCCUAGUUUUCGGAUGAGAUCUGGUAUCUACUUCGGUGAAGCGGGAAGGCGGAUGGAAGCUUCAAACAGCUGGACAGCGGAGGAAAAAACAACUAGUGGCAGUUUUGCUAUGACAGCGAGACAAGGAGGAAUGAACGGGCCCCGUGUAUUCCAGAUUUUGAUCGUCAAUGGAGAAUCAAUUGGUGUGGUACCGAUGGUACGCCCCCCUCCAGAACCACCACCAAGGGCUGAUCGACGUGAUUUGGAGUUUGAUUAUUUAUCGUUUCUGCAUUUUAAUUUUCAGGUUAAGACGUUUGUGUUUUGUUGUUAUUUUAUUUUAUGUUGUAAGACUCUUGCAUUAGGUUUGGAGAAUGAGAGGUCUACGGUAAUCAUCAUUGGCUAUAUGUUGCCCAAUUUAGGUCUAGCGAGUUAUAUUGCUUUGUCAAAGGUGAUUAACUCAGAAUCUCGGCCAAGGGCGGAUGGUUACAUGUGGUUCUUUUGUUAUCCUGUACCCUGCUGAAUGCUAUUUUAUUAAUCCAAAGUCACUUUGACGAUAAAAAAAAACUUUAAAAAUGAAAAAGGUGAUAUUACUUUUAGUUUUUAGUCUAUUUGUGUAAAACUACCUAUUUUCUUAGCUUUAGUCUUAGCCCAUUGGCCGAAUAGCCCGUUAGCCCUUUAUUGAGUUGCUCUACGCCUCUACCAAAUUACCAAUUCAGCGUUUCAAGCUUUAGCGUCU